AUGUUAGAAGAUGAGCGUUUGAAUAAGCCUGAGAUGUCCAAUGGAUCUCCAUUCAAAUCAGACUGUGCUGCUCAAGGACAUGUGAAUGUUGAUAUGGAAAUAGAGAAAAUGACACUCAUUAAGACAUUUUCAUGGGUGAAGAUACUCUUCUUUGUGUGGUUAUCAGUUUUGCUGCCUCUGUUGUCAUGCAAUACUCCUGUUAAUAAAUGCAGCAUCAACUACCCUCUCUCUGCUCGUCACAAGUAUUAUCAGUCAGGAGACCUCAUCAUUACAGGCAUCGUUUCUCAGUUCUACAUUUUUUCGGAUGAAAUAACCUUUGAACGACAUCCUUCUGAUGAACGCUUUAAUGAUUAUUUAAUGUUGCUUCAGAGCUACCAGCACAUUGUAGCCUUGGUAUUUGCUGUAAAAGAGAUUAAUGACAAUCCACAGCUCUUAUCUAAUAUAACCCUGGGAUUCCACAUCUACAAUAGCUAUUUCAGUGCAAGCUGGACUUACCAUGCCUCAAUGCAACUUCUUUCUGCACAUGGAAAAUGCAUCCCUAACUUCAAGUGUGACACCCAGUACAAUCCCGUAGCAGUCAUUGGGGGACCCAGUUUUGAUGUUGGUGUUCACAUGGCAGCUAAUCUGUGCAUUUACAAGAUUCCCCAGCUUACCUAUGGUGCUACUCCAGAAAUAAAUGAUGUAACUGAAGCUGUUUUCUUCCACCGGAUGUUUCCAAAUGAAAACCAUCAAUAUAGGGGAAUCCUCCAAUUGCUGCUGUUUUUUAGCUGGACGUGGAUUGGAGUGAUUUGCUCUCAGGAUGAUGAGACUGGAGAAAGAUUUGUAAAUGUCAUACUUCCCCUCUUUUCCUUGAAUGGGAUCUGCUUUGACUUCAUAGUAAGAUUCCCCAACCUAUCCUUUUCCAGUGGCAUUAUAAAUAUGUCAAAAGAGGUGAACAAGGGUAAUCAAGUUAUAAUGGAAAGCACUGCCAACGUGUUUAUCUUGCAUGGUGAUGUUAAGAAUAUUAUCAUGUUGACAACACUGCUUUACAUAUUUGAAUUGAAUAUACCAGUGAAGUUAAGUGGUCAAGUCUGGAUUAUGCUAGCCCAGAUGGACUUCUCAUCAGUUGGGCAUCAAAGUAGAUGGAAAGCAAACUUCAUUGAUGGCUCUUUAUCCUUUGCAAUUCAUUCUCAAGAGUUGUUAGGAUUCCAGAAAUUCCUUCAGAUGAGAAAUCCAGUUGUAGAUUCAGAAGAUGGCUUUAUCAGGGAUAUCUGGCAAUAUGCAUUCAAAUGCCUUUUCCCCAACUCUGAGACAGAUGGUCAAGAUAUGGAAUUAUGCACUGGAUACGAGAAGCCAGAGACUCUUUCUGAGCCUCUUUUUGACCCAAACAUAAGUGGCAACAGCUAUAGCAUCUACAAUGCUGUCCACCAGUAUCUCAGGAGAGUCUCAUUUAAUAACAGUGUGAAUGAAGAAGUUUAUUUUGACCAAAAUGGGGAAAUAGGAGCUGGAUUUGAUAUUAUAAACUGGAUUGUAUUCCCCAACCAGUCCUUUCUUAAAGUCAAAAUUGGAAGGAUAGACCCACAGGCUUCUCCUGAUAAAGUGUUCAACAUUUGUGAGGAUUCUAUUGUGUGGUCUAAGAGUUUCAACCAGGCAGUGCCCCUUUCCACAUGUAAUGACAAUUGCCAUUUGGGCUAUCGUAAGACCAAGAAAGAAGGUGAACAAUUUUGCUGCUACGAUUGCCUCCCGUGUCCAGAAGGAAAGAUCUCCAAUGAAAAGGACAUGGCGGACUGCUUUCUAUGUCCAGAAGGACAAUAUCCAAAUAUCAACAAAGAUUCCUGCAUUCCCAAAAGUAUUAGCUUCUUGUCUUAUGAAGAACCUUUGGGGACCAGUUUGGCCAUUCUGGCACUUUCCUUUUCUUCCAUCACAACUUUGGUGCUUUGGGUCUUCAUUCAGCAUAAGGACACUCCCAUAGUCAAAGCCAACAACCGGGACCUCACCUACACUCUCCUCAUCUCCCUCCUGCUCUGUUUCCUUUGCCCUCUGUUUUUCAUUGGGCAACCUCAGACGGUGAUGUGUCUCCUUCGACAAACCAUGUUUGGUGUCAUCUUCUCAGUUGCUGUCUCUUCCGUUUUGGCCAAAACCAUCAUAGUGUUUCUGGCUUUCAUGGCCACCAAGCCUGGGUCCAGGAUGAGGAAGUGGGUGGGCAAUAGACUGGCUUUUUCCAUUGUUCUUUCCUGCACUCUUAAUCAAGCCACAAUGUGCAGUGUAUGGCUUGCAACCUCUCCUCCAUUCCCAGAAUCUGACAUGAACUCCAUGCCUGAAGAAAUUAUAGUGGAAUGCAAUGAAGGGUCUGUCACCAUGUUUUACUCCGUCCUGGGUUUCAUGGGUGUACUUGCCUUUGUCAGCUUCACUGUGGCUUUCCUAGCCAGGAAAUUGCCAGACAGUUUCAAUGAAGCCAAGUUCAUCACCUUCAGCAUGUUGGUCUUCUGCAGUGUUUGGCUGUCCUUCAUUCCAACCUACUUGAGCACAAAGGGAAAAUACAUGGUGGCAGUUGAGAUCUUCUCCAUCUUGACCUCCAGUGCUGGGUUACUGGGCUGCAUCUUUUCCCCCAAAUGUUAUAUCAUUAUCCUGAGGCCUGAGCUGAACAGCAAAGAUAUGUUAGUAAGAAGAAAGUAG